UUAUGUUUCACAGCUUCAUUCUUUGCGAUUUAUUAGUGUUUACGUAUUGUAGUAGCAUUACCAAGCACUAGCCUUGCACGGUUUGUUGAAAGUUUUUUUUUUUUUUUUAACCUGGCAACAGUCGUUUUCCCCACCACCAAUCCAACAUGGUGCUGGUGCAGUCCGCCAUUCCUCAUUCUGUAUUUCCGUGCGCAAGCCUUCGCACGUGUCCCAAGUCCGCACAAAAUCUUUCAACAUGGGCAAGAGGAAGGAAGACCUCCGAGACGACGAGAUACGAAGAAAAAUACAAAAAUUGGAAAAUAAAUUGGCGAAAAAACCCGCUAGGCGUCGAAUUAUAUACUCAUCAUCCGAUUCUUCUGCAGAAUCAGACGACGACGCAAAUCAAGUUGCGGCACGCAAAGAAAUUACAGUGGCCAUGGUCCACUGCGAGACCUCGCCAAACUCACCUCGUGUCACGUCACCACGUGCCGUGUCGCCGCCGCCGCCGCGCUCGCCGCAGGACAUGCCGUCGCCCCCGGAGCAGCCGACGCCAGCUCAAACUGACACCGAGACCGAAGUACCUAAUCCGGAAGAACAACAACUCGACGACGAGAUUUUGUCAUUACUGGGUGACGCCCCAAAAAGUGACCAUCAAUUUGGGCCACCUAUGCACAAGGACAUUGCCAAUCGAUGGCAAGAGAUACUUUUAAAGGGUUUAGACAAAGAGACGAAAGAAAAACUGUUAAAACAGUAUGUGAUCCCUAAAAACUGUGACAUGCUUUUAGCCCCCAAACUAAACCCCGAAGCAAAAGCUGCUUUGUCAGACGGCUCGGUAAAACGUGACUUCUGUAUUAUGCAAAAGCAAAAUCAAGUGGGCGUGGCCCUUGCUGCCCUGGCCUCUCUUACAGAAUUUAUAAUUUCAGGAGAGAAUAAUAAGCAAAAACUUCUUAAGCCCCUGAGUGACGCAUGUCGAAUUCUGUGCGAUAGCCAUCACAGCGAAACAGCGACGAGACGCCACUUCGUCUUAACCGCAACUGAUGCUGCUCUUAAAGAAACGUUGGUUGAAACACAGAGAGAUCAAUUUUUGUUUGGCGAAAACGUGAGCGAGAAAUUAAAGGUAGCCAAAAGCAUCCAAAAGACCGGGGAGUCAUUAAAACAACAACAAAAGUCGGUUUUUAACAAAAAUAAUUUUAUUGCAAACAAGGGUCAUUUAAACUUCAAGCCGUAUCGCAGGACGGACAACAAGCCAGGCGCCAGCACGGCGCGCACAGCUCGCGCACCUCGCGCACCUCAGCGCUACCAGCCCAGCAGCCACCAGAGCAGCUACUCGUACCGAGAUCGCCGGGCGCCGGCGCCGAAUCGAGCCCGCUCGCCGCCGCCGAGACGCACCACCCACUAUCGGAGAUAGACUACGAGGACGAGUCACAACCUAUACAAGACCCUCAAAUUGGUUGCCGCGAAGCUUUCAGGCAAGCAUUACUGAAAAAGUCCCUAUCGAUUAGAUGCAUAAAAAUAAUGUUAGCCUCCCUAUCAGAUUCUACAUAUAA